AACACAAGUGUGCUCUUUUGGAACCUAAUUCGAUCUGAUGGCUUCACUGUAGACUUUUUAUUUAAAACCAAAGAAGACGCCGUCAUUGAUCAUCAUGACUUGACGUUGGAAGACUUCUCCUAUGAAGAGAUCACAGCAAACUACAGACCCACAUUUGUUGAUCCUGGCCGAAAGACAAUCCUGUUCUCAUUCUAUGGGCCUGGUAUGGGUGAAUCAAGGUUACGUCUGCAUCAAGGCAGACAGCGUGCUGCAGACAUGAUGGUGAUCAUGCUUGUCGAUGGAGGUGUCAAAUACGACGAAGUAUUACGGCAAAAAAGAAGGGAAUUAGACACCGUGCGUGGCUGUAGUAUCCUUGUUUGCAAAACCUGUAAGAUACUAUGGAACCGCGAUGUCAAUGCAGCAAAAAACAUGAUGGCCAUCAGCAUUUCGGUAUGGAAAGACAAGGAACGUCCUACAGAGUUCAGCCGGAAGACAACUUCUUAG